AUGGGGCGGCAGGAGCCCUAUGGCAAUAGGGUGCCACCUGGGAGGAAUCCCAGGUUAGUAAGACCAGAGCCCUAUGGCAUUAGGGUGCCACCUGGGAGGAAUCCCAGGUUAGUAAGACCAGAGCCCUAUGGCAAUAGGGUGCCACCUGGGAGGAAUCCCAGGUUAGUAAGACCAGAGCCCUAUGGCAAUAGGGUGCCACCUGGGAGGAAUCCCAGGUUAGUAAGACCAGAGCCCUAUGGCAAUAGGGUGCCACCUGGGAGGAAUCCCAGGUUAGUAAGACCAGAGCCCUAUGGCAAUAGGGUGCCACCUGGGAGGAAUCCCAGGUUAGUAAGACCAGAGCCCUAUGGCAAUAGGGUGCCACCUGGGAGGAAUCCCAGGUUAGUAAGACCAGAGCCCUAUGGCAAUAGGGUGCCACCUGGGAGGAAUCCCAGGUUAGUAAGACCAGAGCCCUAUGGCAAUAGGGUGCCACCUGGGAGGAAUCCCAGGUUAGUAAGACCAGAGCCCUAUGGCAAUAGGGUGCCACCUGGGAGGAAUCCCAGGUUAGUAAGACCAGAGCCCUAUGGCAAUAGGGUGCCACCUGGGAGGAAUCCCAGGUUAGUAAGACCAGAGCCCUAUGGCAUUAGGGUGCCACCUGGGAGGAAUCCCAGGUUAGUAAGACCAGAGCCCUAUGGCAAUAGGGUGCCACCUGGGAGGAAUCCCAGGUUAGUAAGACCAGAGCCCUAUGGCAAUAGGGUGCCACCUGGGAGGAAUCCCAGGUUAGUAAGACCAGAGCCCUAUGGCAAUAGGGUGCCACCUGGGAGGAAUCCCAGGUUAGUAAGACCAGAGCCCUAUGGCAAUAGGGUGCCACCUGGGAGGAAUCCCAGGUUAGUAAGACCAGAGCCCUAUGGCAAUAGGGUGCCACCUGGGAGGAAUCCCAGGUUAGUAAGACCAGAGCCCUAUGGCAAUAGGGUGCCACCUGGGAGGAAUCCCAGGUUAGUAAGACCAGAGCCAUAUGGCAAUAGGGUGCCACCUGGGAGGAAUCCCAGGUUAGUAAGACCAGAGCCCUAUGGCAAUAGGGUGCCACCUGGGAGGAAUCCCAGGUUAGUAAGACCAGAGCCCUAUGGCAAUUAGGGUGCCACCUGGGAGGAAUCCCAGGUUAGUAAGACCAGAGCCCUAUGGCAAUAGGGUGCCACCUGGGAGGAAUCCCAGGUUAGUAAGACCAGAGCCCUAUGGCAAUAGGGUGCCACCUGGGAGGAAUCCCAGGUUAGUAAGAUGCAGAAGUGAAGAGCAUAAAAAAAACAGUGCUCCUCUGGUGCUGCUGAUAUUACAUUGAUAACCUAUAGGGUUGGUCUGGUGCUGCUGAUAUUACAUUGAUAACCUAUAGGGUUGGUCUGGUGCUGCUGAUAUUACAUUGAUAACCUAUAGGGUUGGCCUGGUGCUGCUGAUAUUACAUUGAUAACCUAUAGGGUUGGUCUGGUGCUGCUGAUAUUACAUUGAUAACCUAUAGGGUUGGUCUGGUGCUGCUGAUAUUACAUUGAUAACCUAUAGGGUUGGUCUGGUGCUGCUGAUAUUACAUUGAUAACCUAUAGGGUUGGUCUGGUGCUGCUGAUAUUACAUUGAUAACCUAUAGGGUUGGUCUGGUGCUGCUGAUAUUACAUUGAUAACCUAUAGGGCUGGUCUGGUGCUGCUGAUAUUACAUUGAUAACCUAUAGGGUUGGCCUGGUGCUGCUGAUAUUACAUUGAUAACCUAUAGGGUUGGUCUGGUGCUGCUGAUAUUACAUUGAUAACCUAUAGGGUUGGUCUGGUGCUGCUGAUAUUACAUUGAUAACCUAUAGGGUUGGUCUGGUGCUGCUGAUAUUACAUUGAUAACCUAUAGGGUUGGUCUGGUGCUGCUGAUAUUACAUUGAUAACCUAUAGGGUUGGCCUGGUGCUGCUGAUAUUACAUUGAUAACCUAUAGGGUUGGUCUGGUGCUGCUGAUAUUACAUUGAUAACCUAUAGUUGUAGAUGUCUAGAGGGCUGGUAAAAUGGCCCCUGGGUGAUGAUGGCACCGUCAUGUCUCUGAUGGGUUCAUAGAUCCCUCAUGUAUUGGGAAAAUCUCUCUUGGAACCCUACAAUGUAACCUUCUUAAAUGAAGAUUUGUUUUCUUCAUGGAAGGUUCCGGAACCCGGUCCCCCUCGGGUUCUCCCUCAUUCAUCCCUGCUUAUAUGAGACUAAUACUGAGGCCCUAUAUGUGGACAAAACAUUAGGAACAAUAGCUCUUUCCAUGACAGACUGAUCAAGUGAAUCCAGGUGAAAGCUAUGAUCCCUUAUUGAUGUCGCUGGUUAAAUCCACUUCAAUCAGUGUAGGUGAAGGGGAGGAGACGGGUUAAAGAAGAGUUUAUAAGCCCUGAGACAAUGGAGACAUGGAUUGUGUAUGUGUGCCAUUCAGAGGGUGAAUGGACAAGAUACAAUAUUUAAGUGUCUUUAAACGGGGUUGGUAGUAGGUACCA